UUUCUUGUUUUGGUUUCUGGAGGUUAUGUCGUAAUGUCGUGUAAGUUUUCCCUUCCCAUGUUUGCCUUUGCACAAACCCCCGAAGACCUUGAUUCAUUAUCCUUUUACGCAGUGUUAUGUUAUGUUAUCCCCAAAACCAUAGUUUUGUAAAGUCACUUAAUGCCCGUCAUCACUUGAAGUGUUUGGAAUGAAGGUUUGAUUAACUGUAACAAGUCUUAUCAUCUUGUCAACUUUUUCCGACACCCAAAAUGAAUCGAUCAGUGUUUCAAAUAUGCCUCAGUGCGAUUCAUGGACCAACAAGUAUCCCAUCCAGAAGUGUGAUGAAGCAGAUGUCUAAGUUCUCUAUCGCUCAUGUAUCGAAUCGCUCUUACUUUGUGAAUUUCAUUCUGGGUGAUCGUCAGUUUAAUAUGCCUGUGCAUGUGGAAAAGAAACAAGAAGAAGGUCUUUCCCUCCAGUCUUUCAGUCUGUUUCAAUCAUUCAAAACAAGGAAUGAAAGGCGAUUAAAAAUUUGCGAGUUAUUACAAUGUAGCUCAGCAGAUGCGAACAGCAUUAUGCAAAUAGCUAUCAAUCAGAGGCUAUUUGAUGAUCCUGAAACGAGUGCGACGUUCUUUGAUAAAUUGAAAAUCCUUCAUCAAAUAGGAUUAGACGCUAAACUAGUUGCACAACACCAGUGGCUCUUUGAUUUUUCUAUAGGUGAGCUAGAAAAAAAAAUUGAGGUAUUUCGCCAAAAGGAAGGAGUCUUAAAAAUAGAUGAAUUAAAUCUCUUAAAGUUGCGAAAGGCUGAGUUACUAGAUCUGUUAGAUCUGUUGGAAGAGGAUAGAGAAAGCCUAAUGGAGACCAGAAUCGAUUUUUUCUCGCGAGAAUUUGGUCUCUCAAUUCCUGAAGUUUGUUCGUUAUUAGUGGAACGCUCGUUUUUAAGAAGAAAAAGUUUGCAGCAAAUAAUGUCAAUAUACCAAGUGCUCAAAGAUGCUGGUGUAUCUAAAAGUGAAAUUAGAAAUGAUUUUUGGAUUUUCAAACAUAAGGAGCAAACAAUAGAGGAGAGAAUCCAAUUAGCAAAGCGUCUUCAGUUUGAUCAGUUUAAAUGCUGGAUGAGCCGAUGCAACCUAAGAGCCCUCAAAAGGUCAGCUGAAAUAUUGACCACCAACAAGAAAAUUUUGGAUAAAUAUAAGACAAGAGAAGCUCUUUUGAUGGAGAAAUUGCAUAUUGAUGAAGCAGAGGUCGGAAGAAUUUGUGAUACGUAUCCCCAACUGUCGAAAAUCAGGGAGUCGAAAAUUCUCCACAUGAUAGAUUUUCUCAUGUCAGAAGGUAUCACCGAAGAUCAAAUAAGAGCACAUCCAAAGAUCCUUUGUCACAGUCCAAGAACGCUAAAAAAGCGGAUAAAUGAGUUGGUAAAACUUGGUGCUCAUGUGCCGAAUGUAUAUGUGUUCUGUUUGAAUCAACGUCUUUAUGAUAGGUACAUUGAAAAGUUUUUAGGCGGUAGUGCAUCUUCCUCAGUGAAUGAAGGACCGGUGAAAUCGAGUUCAAAACUCUGAUGAAUACAUUUUCCACAGCAAACUCGUUGAUUACAUGAUUGCUUUUCACAUUCAGCAUGUUCUUGCAACAAGUUUGUUAAAUUGACUCACACAUGGAUUACAAAAGCCAAAAGCAAAAAA